AUGGCUUCAAAUAAUCCAGCAUUAGCAGAGCUAAACUUUGUUUUGAUACCUUUACUCUCUGCAAGUCGCAUAAUACCCAUGGUUGACAUUGCCAAAUUUUUAGCACGUCGAGUAAUUGAUCGCGCCAUGGGUUAUGGACUCCUCAUUCGGGUACUUGAGCUCCAGUUUCCAGACAAGGAAGCAGGACUUCCAGAGGGAUGUGAAAGCCUGAAUCUUCUGCCCUCUAUGGCUUUUGUAAGAAAUUUCUAUAAUGCAACUGAUAUGCUACAAAAUGAAGCUGAAAAUUUACUUGAAGAGAUGAAGCCUAAGCCAAGUUGCAUUAUUUCCGAUACGCUUAUUGCUUGGACAGCUGAUACAAGUGAUAAGUUUCAGAUUCCAAGAAUCCUUUUUGAUGGAAUUAGUUGCUUCAGUGAAGUGUGUUUGCAUAACUUGUACAUCAUGAAGGAUCAAAACAAAAUCCCAGACUCGGGUUCUUUUGUUAUUCCUGAUUUACCAGAUAGAAUUGAGGUCACUAAAGCUCAGCUGCCAGCAGCAUUCCAUCCAGGAACCAUUUCCAUACAAGAUAUUCGUGACAAAAUACGAGCAGCUGAAACAAGAUCCUAUGGGGUUGUCAUCAAUACUUUCGAGGAGUUGGAACAAAGCCUUGGUCGUAUUACAGUUGUACAAUUUGUGGAGCUAGCUUUAGUCCUGGAAGCCUCAGGUUAUCCAUUCAUUUUAGUCAUAAAAGAAGGGGAAGGACAAGAACUGAUAGAGGACUGGAUAUUGGAAAAUGGAUUUGAAAAAAGAACAAAAGAAAGAGGGCUUUUGAUCCGUGGCUGGGCAGCACAAGAAGUGAUUCAUUUUGGCGAGGAAGGGAAGUUUGAGGCCCAAGUGAGCAAGGAAGAAAUAAUCAAAGCCAUUAAAAUAGUGAAGGACAAGGAGGAAGAAGGAAAAGAGAGCAGAAAAAGAGCCAGAGAACUUGGAGAAAUGGCAAAAAGGGCUGUAGAAAGUGCUGGAUCUUCUUAUCUCAAUAUUACAGAAGAUUCAUCAUCAGGGGGCUAUGGGCAGAUUAGCAAGCCCCUGACUGAUCUAUUGAAGAGAGAUAGUUUCAAGUGUGCUAGGAAGGCAACUGCAACUUUUCAGUCAUUGAAAAAUACUCUAACCACUGCAUCAGUGUUAGCUCUGCCAGAUUUCAGUUUGAUAUUUACAGUCGAAACUGAUGCAUGUGAUGUGGGAAUUGGAGUUGUGAUAAUGAAGAAGUGCCAUCCUAUUGCAUAUCUAAGUAAAGGGUUAUCUCAACAACACCAAGUUAUGUCUGAGAGUUGCUAG